ACAUGAAUACAUGAUACCAAUGUUUUUUGAUUUUUCAAAAUAAAUAUGAGUGAGACCCUGCUCAUGAGGAUGCUAUUCAUACAACAUUUCUACGAGUAUGUGAAAAAAGAUUUAACUAGAUGAUGACUGGUAUUCAAACCUCAUGCAGAAAGAAGAAUUUUAUUGAAAAAAAACUAUACAUGUCUGAUGAAGUUUGGGAGAAGUUAAAUUACAAAUGGACGGAGGACCCUCAGUUCAACGUGCGUAGAGAGCAAGCCAAGGCAAAUCGAGCAAAGGGCCCUAAGGUAACCCACAUGGGUGGAUCUAUGGAUUACGAUGACUUUGUGAGAAAAUUGAAGGAAAAAGAUCCAAAACAUAGGGAUCCAUCAUUUGUUGAUGUGAUCCGUGCCAAAAAAAUGCAUCAUCCAAAGGAAAAAGAUAAAAUGCCAACAUAUAUUGAUGAGCAGACUCAAGAGUAUACUGAAAGAUUAAAUGCAAAGGCCAUUCAGAAAUAUGGAGAGGAUACAACUACAUGGCCAACAACAGUUGACGUCCAGCUCUUGUCCCAAGUUUCGGGUGGGCGACUUUAUGGCAUGCCUAUAUACAUGGAUCCUGAGGAGCAAGGGCUCUCACACCACAAGCGUCCGCCGCAUCCCAUACUUGAUAAUUCUGUUCAGUCAUCCCAACAAGUGGCAGGGAUGCAAGGAGGAAUGCAUGGAGGGAUGCAGGGAUGGAUGGAUGGAGGGAUGCAGGGAUGGAUGCAAGGAGAUGGAGGGGCUGGGACAAGUGGGGGAGCAUAAUUAGCAUUGUUUUCACUCAGUUGAUCUUUAUAUCAAAACAUCUUCUAUUAUUAUAUAUGAAAUAGACAUGUAUGAGAUAGGGGCAUAGUGCUGUAAUUAGCUAGUAUUUUAGAUUAAAACACUUUAAUUAUG